UGUGUCAUGUGUCAGGGAAGGGGACUGAGGGGGAGCACAUUUGUUUGUGAUAAUGGUGGAGGAAAUAUUGGUGUGUUCUAUAUAUUUGUGUGCCUGCGUUCACGUCACAGGGUAGACUGGAGCACAUAGUGUCCUGGCACUUGUAGAGUCAUUCCAGGUAACGUUCAUCUUAAUUUGACAUGUCCAGAGGACACCUAUGAAAAUGGAAACCAUGGCGUUAAAGACUGGUGCCCAUAGUGCCUUUGAAAGUCUCCGUGCAUUUUGUGUCCAGUUGACGAUUGAACAGACGGUGCAAAAUGUUGAGAACCUCCGUAAACAGAUAUCGUGUACCGACGUGCCAGCCCUUCAAGAUCUUUUGGAUUAUGUCCUGUUCCCUUUGAGAUUUUCUCUUAAGACACCUGGGCCAAAAAAGCCCGGCUUGGUGCAAGUUGUUCUGGAAUGCAUUUCAUAUGUUCUAUCUCUAACUCAUGUAAAAACUGCAGUAUCCCUAAAGGAGAUGUUCGAUGAAGUCUGCAGCUGCCUUCCACCAGAUCUUAAUCAGCCAGUGCCCGAGGAGCUGAAGCUGGCAGUAGUAUUAGCUAUGCAGUCUCUUCUUCGAUCCUCAGGGGAGAAUGUCUUACCUGUGCUCUAUAAACCAUCAGUGCUCCCUGAGAUGGGCUUUGCCAUCACACUCCUCCUCAGACUUGCAGAGUUGGAGAAAUCACGUGAGAUUCGGCUGGAAGCUUUGAACUGUUUGGAGAGGCUGCUGUUUCCGGAGGUCAAGCUGAACCAUUCUUUGGGUGACCUCUUUGCUUCUUUUCUUCCCGGAGUCUGUACCGUCUUGACCAGGGUCAUCUGUGGAGAUCCUAAGCAAGGAUACAGGUUAACAACUACUGCAGUUAAGCUAUGGGCUGGAACUGUACGCUUGGUGAUGUCUGAUGAAAGUCUGGCAGAGGUUCCAGAAAAGAAACCCCAUUACCCGGGGCUGUCGGUUCGCGUGGCGGAACUUUUAAUCCACAGGGAAAAAUCUUGGGUGAAAAACUCUGCUAGUCGCUUGCUGAUUCAUCUGGCAAAGAUAGCAGAACGUUGCACUGCUGAUCCACAUUGGAAAGUAAGAAUGGCACUGGUGGACCUAGCUCAUGUCUUGAUUAGAUCUUGCUGGAAUUCAUUAGGAGAUGCUGCAGGAAGCCUUUUACGAAUAUUGGUUGGGCACAUGAAUGACGACAGGCCUGAAAUCAAGGAAAAGUCAAAUAAGGCUCUACUGGAAGUUGGAAAAGAUGGGCCAGCUUCAAAGACACUUGGGGAAGUGUUGUCAGAAAGCCUUCAUUCAUUGGCUGUGACACUUCCAAGGCUCCUGAGCUGUCAAGAUGACCAAGGCAAGCUCCAUACUCUAGCGCUUCUUCUUGGAUAUCUUCAGCUCCUUGGCCCAAGGCUUACAUUCACUCUUCACUCUUCUGCCCAUCUUCAGCGGCUAUCUUCUGCUCUCCUGCAGACAUUAGAGUUGGAUUUGUGCUCAGUCAAGGUGGUGGAGGAAAGACUUCCCUCUUCUGUUGCCAAUCUUACGCAAGAGAACAUAGAACACACUGGACCUCAACAGAAGAAUUUCCGCUUCUUCAGGGACCCACGUAUUCUCUCCUUCCUUCAACAUGUUUGCAGGCUUUUAGGAUACUAUGGAGACUUUUACUUGCUUACAGACCACUUUUUGGGGUUAUACCGUGCCCAGAGGCUCCCUGCUCUAAUUGUACUGAACCAGCUGGUGUUAGGGGCAGCUGGUAUUGACGUUGAAAAGCUCCAUGGUGACAAUAAGAUCCUAGAAGCUGCUGAAGUUUUGGAUGCAGUGCGCCCAAUUUUGGAAGAGUACACUGAUCCAGCCAAUUGGCAUCUAUACACUUGCCAGAGUACUCAGGAAGUGGUAGAUCAAAUGGCCUUGCUUUGUGUUGGCCAGAAGCCUAAUUCAGCAAUAAACGACUUAAGUGCCAAUGCCUGGAAGCUGUGCCUCCAGCUGGAGGGAAUUUCUUGCAUUGCUCAGGCCCUUGGUACUAAUUUUCGCCAACUCCUUAUUUGUGCUCUGUACCCCCUACUAGAGAAAGCCGGUGAUCCUAACCUAUUAGUUAGUGGAACUGCAUUAGUGACUUUGGCAGAAGUCAGCCAAGCCUGUGGCUACAAAGAUAUCAAGCAGCUUGUUGAGCUCAAUGCAGAUUACUUGGCAAGUGAGGUUUCUGUUGGCCUGCGUCGCCUUCAUAGACAUCAUGGCAGUGCUGCACGAGUAUUACAUGCUAUGUUAGAUAAUUGUAGUCCAAGUCUUCUUCCAUUGCUUCAUGAACUUGUCCAAGACCUGCUGCCAGCACUGGACCAUUCACAGAAUGAUGGAGCUAAACUGCUUUUCCCGGUGUUGAAUUCUCUGGUCACAAGAUUAGGGAAGUGGUUCCCUCCACCAGAGAGUACUGAAGAGCCACCAUUGUCCAAUGAGUCUCCGGUGCAUUGUGGGAACAUGGCUGAGGACAUUAAGGAGUUUCUACAGUGUCAUAUACAGCAAUAUCGGCUAGCAAGAGGCGAGCUGGAAGAAGAACAAGAAGACAUUGCAGAUGUUUUAUCUCCACUAGAUGAUGCCAAAGAGGAGGAGAAGCCACCAUUGGCCACCCAUGUUAAGAUUUCCAAAGAGGUGGCAGAAAAAUGUACCCACUUCUUGUCGCACAGUGAUCCACAGAUCCGAGUACAGGCCCUGGACACUUUUCGGCUAUCGUUACUACUCAUACAUUCUCAGGAAGACGUUCUUCUGCCUCUUGCACAUAAAAUCUGGCCAUGUCUAGUGAAAAGACUGUUACAGGACGAGCCGCUGGUCCUUUUGCGAGCUUUUCAGGUGUUGGUGUCUCUUUCUUCCUCAUGUAAAGACUUCCUGCGGCAGCGUGUGUGCAAGGAUGCCCUUCCUGCCUUUUUGAUGUCCCUACGCUCUCAGGCACUUGUUAGCUGUCACGCUGGGCCUGUAUACAGCCACACACUGGGCUUUAAACUGCAGGCAGCUGUGUUGGAAGGAUUGGGGACCCUUUGUGUGGAUUUGGCUUUGGGAGACAGCGAUCUGCUGGAGGUGAUUGAUUCUUGCAUGUUGUACCUGAGCGCCCGACAGCCCAAAAAACUUCAGGAGGCUGCAAUCCGGACGUUUCUCUCUCUUUCACAGCUAGAUCCAGAUAUUGUUUGGUUGUAUCUGUGUGAAUGGCAAAGCCCUCCAGAAACGCCUCACCCCUCCCUGGUACCUCUUCCUUGGAAAGGCAAACCUCAAGAUGAGUACACGCCGAACGUUCAUCUCCUACUGCAAAAGCUGCAGUGACAUUAAUCGCUAACGAGAACCAACUGCCCACACUUCAUGUAAAUCACCUGCAGGCAGGUGAUCUGGAUUCUGCAGAAAGCAUGGUGACCUACAAUCUCCUUUCUAUAGGAAAGAUAAAUGAUGAAACUCUACAGUGACUUAAUCAGAAAAUCCUCAACCGCAACACUGGCUACUCUAUUAGCAGAAAUAAUUUGUAAUAUGAACAGGAAUAGACAGUGUCCUCUAUGGAUCGCUGGAUACCCUUCAGAAUGUGACACAAAAUAAGGAACCCAACAAAAUUUAUAGCUCAGUCCUAAAUUGUAUAAUCCAUUAAAUUAGCAAAUGUCAAUAACUGUUCAAAAUCAA